AUGCGUGCUUUUCUGGCGAUUUGGUCAGAGGACGGCCGGCGGUCGGUGAUUCCGCUGUCAAGGAGGAGGAAAAACAAGCCUCUCGACUACUUGAGUAAAGCUCUCCGGGACAUCCAUGUGUUCAUUUCCACCGUGGUCAUAUGCUUCUUCCUCCUCAACACUCGGGUGCUCCUCAACUCGUUGUCGGACAUUCCUUUGCGAGCCUCCGACCAUCCUUCAAAUUUCCUCUUCCACUUCGUUCACGACGGCAGAAUGUGCCUCGCUCACCAUCUUGAUAUUGGUCAUGUUGUCAACACUCUCGAUUGUGGUUAA